AACACAACCUCAUCUGCAGCCGAACCGUCAUCGGCCAGCCACCGCCCUCGCUCUCCUCAGCGCACCCUAUACGGCGAGGAUAGCCCUUUCUGACUAUGAUGGCUCAAUCACUCGACCGGCGGACACUGGAGAGCAUGAAGCGCGCUGAUCUGCAGAGGCUCUGUAAGGAUCAUGGUAUCAAGGCAAAUCUCAAGACCGAGGCACUUGUCGAUCUACUAGCGCAUACCUUGCAACCCCGUCCACCACGCGCCGCCCAUCCUCCGCCUGUGCAAACUAGAAGAGCCUCGUCCCUUAGAACGUCCAGCAGAACUUCCAGUGGCUCUCAUCUGAGAGGAGCAUCAUCAAGCUCAGUUAUAAUUCACGAUACGGACGAUGAGGAGGAGCAACCGGAGGAACCAAAGGGCGGAUCGGCCCCUCCAGAAUCUCAGCGCGCACCGCCGUCUUCCCAGUCCUCCACCGCGUCGCUUCCGAAGAAGUCUAGGCAGACACAAUACAGACUUGGAGUUGGUCGGCCAAUUCUGGCAGGAGGUAGUGGCGCGCGAGCGAUCACGAAAUCGGUUAGUCUCACGAAGACUAAACGAGGGAAGGGUAGCAUUAGCGUGAAACCCUCAGAGGAUGUGAUAGAGGAGGAAGCAGAACCAGCAGAGUCAGGACCGGUAGCUGGCCCCUCAGGUACUUCUCACGAAACAGAGCAUGGUACUAGUGUGAAUGCACAGCCAUCCGACACUCUUGCGUCUAACACGCGGGAUGAUUCUAGUUCUGUAGCCCAAGUUAUACAACCGUUGAAAGACCAAAUCGUGCAUCUUCAGUCAGAAGUGCAACGACUCACCGCCCAAAUGACCGACGUUGACAAUCUGAAGACUGAAGUCGCUGGUCUUAGCAUCGAGGUUGAAAUGCUCCGCACCAAGCUUGCUGACAUGGCGACGCUCGAGGCUGAAGUCCACAAGCUCAGGGACGUCACGUCAAACACUGGCGACCGCACAGUCGUCUCUACAACGGUGCAGUCCACAAAGAGCGCGGGCAAAGCACGUGCGACGGAGGUUCCGGGCGGUGCAGCCACCAGUCUUGAUGUUCCGGUGGAUACCGCGGCACAAGACGUGCAACCACACCCAGAGUUUACUGCGCGCGUCCUGGGGAAGCACCCACGAGAUUCGGAUGACAGCCAGCUAACGGGCCUAGAGGAUGCUGGGAAGGGAAGCGACGAACUACUUCCAAGAGCGGGUCGUCCGACCAGGAAACGUGCAAAAUUAUCACCACAUGCCACAGGGUCUUCGCACGGUAGUGGUCGUACAGCGGGUUCUCCAGACUCUGCUCCGGAACGAGGAACCGUGGUGACACCAUCCGCCCCUGCGUUUGCGAUCUUCACUGGACCCGAGGAACCGCUAGAGUCAUACCUUGACCCACCCCCUCCUACAGCACAUCUCUCAGACCUGCUCGAGUUACCUCCUGCGAACACGGCCAUUGGCCGCUUUGGCGUCAAUGGAACGACCGCGACAGCGAAUGCCCAUGAGAAUAAUGCUCAGCCACCCAACGCCUUCAACUUCAGCUUCACCGCUACCGCCUUCCAUCCGCUAACGUCGACGCCUGCCGGCCCUUACGGCGACGAUGGCAUGCCGAGCUUCAUUUACCCAGAACCACCCACAUCCCCUACCCCCACUGUCCCCCGUAGUCCUACCGGUGGCUAUGUCGAACGUGCCGGUGGUCGACGAGAGCGGAACGAUAUCUUCGAUCCCCGUGGGCGCGCACGCUCAACCGCCAGCCGCGAUGACAGUCUUCCUCCAUCCCGAGCAUCCACGAGCCAAGCUGGUCCUAGUUCGGAAGGGACGAUCAACCCAUCCACACUAAUGAGCAGCACCCCACUCCCAACCGUCAUCGAGCAAGACGUUGACGCCGAACUUAUGGAUGAUGCACGGACAGUCUCGAGCAGCGAGGUCGGGCACGUAUUCGGGCUGGGCCAGCUCCCUCUCCAGCCUGAGACCCCAGCACUGCCGAUGAGGCGGACGAUGUACGGCACUGAGCUCGAGGGUGACACCCGGUUUGGUGACUUCGGCGUCGAGGGCGUGGCGGCUGCGGGCUUCUGGGUAGGAGCCGCGCCGCGCUUCUGAGCCUUGCGGCUCACCAUCCUUGAGUUGACCUACGUACGUCUUUUUAGUACUGCGACACCCCCACUACUUGAACUUCCCCUCAAUCGAUCUGGUUCUUGCUCUGUGACCCUGUUGACGCUGUCUUGCACUCACCCGAGCGUCUCCCCGUUCUGUUCUACUCUAUAAUCUCAUCAUGGCAGAUCUCAUCGUUAUGCACCUCGACCUGUUUUCAACCACUGAAUUAUUGCUUUAUGGACCCUUCUAGUUCUACAUUGGCUUGGUGUGUUGGACCUGCUGAACGUUAACGUGAACGCUGGCAUGAUGCAUAUCCGGGUCCCUCAGCAGUAAUGCGAAGCUGUACUGUAUCCUCGUGAUCAAUAAAACUUAAACUACGAAUUGACAUGUGCUCGAUGUGACAGUG